AUGUGGACGCUAGUCAAGAUUAAGAUUUUUCCAUGGCUGGCACUAUGGAUGUUCUUUCUCUUGUGGAAUACAAUAGAGGCGCAGACUCGAUACACCAUUCCCGAGGAACUGGACGUGGGCUCUGUUGUUGGAAAUAUAGCUAAGGACUUGGGCUUUGACAUCGCUAAGAUCUCUGAUCGCAAACUGAGGAUAGCCCCCGGGGCUGGUAAGCAAUAUUUCGCUGUGGAUUUGGGAAAGGGCGAGCUCAUUGUAAAUGAAAGGAUAGACAGAGAGAGUCUGUGCGGACAAAGCGCGAGUUGUUUGUUACCACUACAGGUUAUCAUUGAGGAUCCACUUCAGUUUUAUCGUGUUGAGGUGGAAAUACUGGAUAUAAAUGACAAUUCUCCACUUUUCAUGUCAGGCGAGAACACUAUAAAAGUGCCCGAAUCAACUCUAUCUGGUGUUCGGUUUCGUUUGGAAACGGCACAGGACCGUGACGUCGGGAUAAAUUAUUUGCGCUCAUAUUCUCUGAAUAAAAAUGACUUCUUUGCUUUGAACGUUAAAAACAAUAAAGACGGCACAAAGGUUGCCGAGCUUGUUCUGGAAAAGACUGUUGACCGGGAACAGCAGCCGGUGCACAACCUAAUUCUUACUGCGGUUGAUGGAGGUACUCCGGCAAGAUCUGGAACCACGCAUGUUACUGUGAUGGUGAUAGACAUAAACGACAAUGCGCCUAGUUUUGACCAAGACUUGUAUGAAAUCCAACUGAGUGAAAAUGCAAUACCCGGGGCAUUAGUAUUGACAGUUAGAGCCAACGACUUGGAUGAAGGCCCAAACAGUAAAAUAGAGUAUUCAUUCGAAUCGCAUACAGCAGAGUCCAUUCAAAAGCUAUUUGUAAUCAAUGAAGACACAGGAGCUAUUACUUUAACCGACGCAUUAGAUUACGAAAAAAGUCCUUCAUAUAAAUUUGAUGUAUGCGCUAGAGACAAAGGCACGCCAUCUAUGGAGGCACACAGUAGUGUCCAGGUAACCAUUGUAGAUGUUAAUGAUAACUCACCUGAGAUAACCAUCACCUCCUCACCCAAACCCGUUAGAGAGGAUGCCCCAGUAGGUACCAUGGUAGCUCUAAUUAGUGCAAAGGAUUUGGACUCGGGAGAAAAUGGUCAAGUUUCCCUUCGUAUGUCUUCAGAUUACCCUUUCAAAUUAAACCCCUCAUUUGCAGAUCAUUACGCACUAGUAACACAUUCAACUUUAGACCGGGAGAAAUAUCCUGAAUACCGUAUUGAGCUUGAAGCAUCGGACUCAGGGUCCCCAGCUUUGACCUCCAUUAAAAUAAUAACAGUUAAUAUUUUAGAUGUUAAUGACAACCCUCCAGUUUUUUCCCAACCUUCUUACACUGUUUACGUCAGAGAGAACAAUGCUGCUGGAUCAAUAAUGUGUUCAGUGUCCGCUUCAGAUCCAGAUAAAGGAGAGAAUGCGAAGAUAUCCUAUUCUAUAUUAGACUCUAAAGUACAAGACGUGUCUGUCUCCUCCUAUAUUUACAUAAACUCGGAUAACGGCAGCAUCUACAGCAUGCACUCGUUUGACUAUGAGAAACUGAAGGUGUUUCAGAUACAGGUCCAGGCAAAGGACCACGGCUCUCCGUCUCUGAACAGCAACGUCAAGGUUCAUGUUUUUAUCCUGGACCAGAACGACAAUGCUCCCGCUGUUAUUUACCCUUCCACUGUCAUGGGCUCUGUCUCCCAUCAGAAGAUGCCCCGGUCCGCUAAAGCAGGCCACCUCGCCACUAAGAUAUCGGCAGUGGACGCAGACUCGGGUCAUAACGCCUGGAUUUCCUAUAGGCUGGUGGAGGCCACAGACUCGUCUCUGUUCAGUGUGAAUCUUUACACAGGGGAGGUGAGGACUAAACGCGCUGUUUCAGAGCAGGAUGACUCCUCUCAGAGGCUGCUUAUAGAGAUACAGGACAAUGGGGAACCGGUCCAGUCCGCCACAGUCACAGUCAACAUACUGUUAGAGGACGGGCUCCACGAGCCCAUCUCGGACUUCCGCCAGAAAACAGUAGAGCCCAGCAAGAGAAACAGUAAAAUCACCUUUUAUUUGAUCAUCUCUCUGGCCUCUGUGUCCGUUUUGUCUUUGUUGACUUUUCUCAUCUUAGUGGUGAAGUGCGUUAGAAACAGUAGGAGCAGCUCGAGUUGCUGUAUCAGACGGGCUGACUCUGACGGAUACAAGAAUCCAAACAGAAACCUGCAGCUCCAGCUCAACACUGACGGCCCUAUUAAGUAUGUGGAGGUCCUGGGAGGGGACAUGUUGUCUCAGAGCCAGUCCUUCAGGUCGUGUCUCUCUCCAGUGUCAGAGUUCAGUGAUUUCACCCUCGUCAAGCCCAGCAGCACCACUGACUUUCAGGACAUGAUAAACGUGCUUGAUGCGUCUUUACCGGACAGCGCGUGGACGUUCGAGAGCCAACAGGUGAGCGCAGCUACUUUAUAA